AAGUAACUCUUUGACGUGUAUGCAUGGUACCGUGUGUUUCCGGUAUAGCGUGUGUUCACAGUUAUCCAGCCUUUUCCUCUUGGGUUUCAAUAGAACAGUCACUUUGGACUCCCGGCUCCUUACCUAUUUCCCCCUAAACGGCGUAUCUAACUUUGUGGACAUGGCAUCAUCAGUUUCGGCACAGGCUCAGGCGAAUCCUGCUCCGGUUGCGGCGCUCCAGAGAGGAAUAGUCAAGAUGGUCUUGUCAGGAUGUGCAAUAAUCGUGCGGGGCCAGCCACGGGGAGGCCCGCCCCCGGAGCGUCAGAUCAACCUGAGCAACAUCCGUACCGGAGUGCUAGCUCGCCGCGCCCCCCAGAGCCAGCCCGACCAAAAGGACACCCCUGACGAGCCCUACGCCUUCCAGGCCAGAGAGUUCUUGCGCAAGAUGCUGAUUGGGAAGGAGGUAUGCUUCACAGUGGAGGUCAAGACUGCUCUGGGCAGAGAAUACGGCAUGGUGUACCUGGGCAGAGACACCACCGGCGAGAACAUUGCUGAAUCUCUGGUGAACGAGGGCCUCGCCACUGUCCGCAGGGAAGGAAUCCGGGGAAACAAUCCAGAUCAGGCUAGACUGUGUGACCUGGAGGACCAGGCCAAGGCCUCCAAGAAGGGCAUGUGGACGGAGGGCGGCGGCACCAACACCGUACGCGACCUCAAGUACAUAAUCGAGAACCCCCGCAACUUCGUUGACUCCAUGCACCAGAAACCUGUCAAUGCCGUCAUUGAGCACGUGCGCGACGGUAGCGUGGUCCGUGCCCUGCUCCUGCCCGACUACUACCUGGUCACGGUCAUGCUCUCUGGGGUCAAGUGUCCGACAUUCAAGCGCGAGGCGGACGGCACGGAGUCGCCAGAGCCCUUCGCUGCCGAGGCCAAGUUCUUCACGGAGUCGCGUCUGCUCCAGAGGGACGUGCAGAUCAUCCUGGAGAGCUGCCCCAACCAGGUCAUCCUGGGUACCGUCCUCCACCCGAACGGGAACAUCACAGAGCUGCUGCUGAAGGAAGGGUUCGCCCGCUGUGUGGACUGGUCCAUGGCCGUCUACACCCAGGGGGCAGAGAAACUCCGGGCCGGAGAAAAAUCUGCUAAAGAACGUAAAGUGCGUAUCUGGAAGGACUACGUAGCCCCCACAGCCAACAUGGACCAGAAGGACAGGCAGUUUGUGGCCAAGGUGAUGCAGGUCGUCAAUGCGGACGCCGUCGUGGUCAAGCUUAACUCUGGCGAGUACAAAACCAUCCACCUGUCCAGCAUCCGACCCCCCAGGAUCGAGGGCGAGGAGAAGAACAAAGACAAAGACAAGCGUUUCCGUCCCAUCUACGACAUCCCCUACAUGUUCGAGGCCCGCGAGUUCAUGAGGAAGAAGAUCAUUGGCAAGAAGGUGAACGUCACGGUGGACUACAUCAGAGCUGCCACCAGCUCCUCAGAGACCAGCACCAUCCCCGCCUUUGCAGAACGCACCUGUGCCACCGUCACCAUUGGCGGCAUUAACAUAGCUGAGGCGUUGAUCAGUAAAGGUUUUGCCACAGUCAUCCGCUACAGACAGGAUGACGACCAGCGCUCAUCCCACUACGACGAGCUACUGGCUGCAGAGGCACGGGCAAUCAAGAACGGGAAAGGGCUGCAUAGCAAGAAGGAGGUCCCCAUCCACAGAGUGGCUGAUAUCUCUGGGGAAACACAGAAGGCCAAGCAGUUCCUGCCUUUCCUCCAGAGAGCGGGCCGCUCAGAGGCGGUGGUAGAAUACGUGUUCAGUGGCUCCCGCCUCAAACUCUACAUGCCCAAAGAGACCUGCCUCAUCACCUUCCUCCUCGCCGGUAUCGAGUGUCCGCGCGGCUCCAGGAACAUGCCCGGCGGCAUGCAGGUGGCUGAGCCCUUCAGCGACGAGGCCAUGGCCUUCACCAAGGAGCUGGUACUGCAGAGAGAGGUGGAGGUGGAAGUAGAGAGUAUGGACAAGGCUGGUAACUUCAUCGGCUGGCUUCACAUCGAGGGGGUCAACCUGUCGGUGGCGCUGGUAGAGAACGCCCUAUCGAAGGUCCACUUCACGGCCGAGCGUAGCUCCUACUACAAGACCCUGGUAUCCGGAGAGGAGGCCUCUCGUCUCAGGAAAGACAAGAUCUGGGCCAACUAUGAGGAGAAGAAGGUGGAGGAGGUGGUGCACGUGACGGAGGAGAAAGAGCGCACAGCCAACUACAGAGCUGUGUAUGUCACCGAGAUCACGGACACCAUGCACUUCUACACCCAGGACGUGGAGACAGGCACCCAGCUGGAGAACCUGAUGGAGACCAUGAGGGCAGAGAUCGCCACCCAGCCCCCAGUGGAGGGCUCGUACGCCGCCCGCCGAGGGGACUACUGCAUCGCCAAUUUCUCCGCCGACGGAGAGUGGUACAGAGCCCGGGUGGAGAAAGUUCAAUCGCCAGCAAAGGUCCAUGUGUUCUACAUCGACUAUGGCAACAGAGAGAUAGUACCGUCCACGCGCCUGGCUGUCAUUCCCCCGGCCUUCAGCACUCGGACCCUGGCUGCACAAGCCACUGAGUACACCUUUGCCUACAUCCAGGUCCCACAAGACGAGGAUGCGCGUGCUGACGUGGUGGACAGUCUGGUGCGGGACAUCCAGAACACAUGUCUGCUCAACGUGGAGCACAGCGGCGACUGCCCCCACGUCACACUGCAGUUUGCCGACUCCAAGGACGACGUGGGCCUCAGCCUGGUCAAGGAGGGCAUGGUCAUGGUGGACGUGCGGAAAGAGAAGCACCUGCAGAAAAUGGUAGGAAAAUGA